CCUCACCUCCCUCCUCUUCAUCAUCUCCAGGGCUUUGAAGCCUUCCUGUGUCCCUUUCUGCUGUCGUGUUCCCUGGACAGGAGGAGAGACCCCAACAGCGCGCCUUGAGAUGCCCUCACACGUCAGACCAGGGUCCUUUGCGUGGCUGGGCGCUCUGUGUCUGGUGCUACGGACGCCGACGGACACGGUGCGUGCGGCGCCUAUCUGCGACAACGGCCAGGCGAGCUGCCAGGUCCUCUCACUGGCUGACCUCUUCGAUCGGGUCAUCCAGCACUCGUCCAGGAUGCACGGCAUGUCCAACGACCUGCACUCCCAGUUCGAACAGUACUUCCUACCCAGUAGGAAUCACAUCAGCAACAGGGUCAACAGAAACUGCCACACCUCCGGGAUCCUGACUCCCAAUGGCAAGGAGAAUGCACAGAGACUUGCUGGAGAGGAGCUGACGGAGGUGAUCCUGAAGCUGCUGUGGGCCUGGAGGGACCCUCUGUGGCACUUCCACCAGAGCAUGGCCCACCACGACGACUUCAACAGCUUCAGCUCCAACAAGGCCCUGGUGAUGGGCGAUCUGGUACACGAGCUACGCACCGGCGUGGAGAAAGUAGCCGAGAAGAUGCAGAACCUGGGCAUUAUCAGCAACUUGGUCAACGGUCUGAGGUCCCCUGAACAGCUGCUGCCCUCGCCCGUCAGACCCCAGUGGAGCCUUAUGAAUGACUAUGACCUCCUCUUCUGCCUUCGCCGAGACUCCAACAAGGUUCAGAGCUACCUCAAGAUCCUCAAAUGCCGCAUAGUUCCGGAGAAUGACUGCUGAAGGCCAAAAAGUCCAAAAAAAGAGACUGUGCACAGCCAACCCCCCCCCUUGCCAACCACUUGAAUGGUGAUGGAUGAGUGACCAUACCAGAACCAACACUGGUUUAGCGGACAUGGUUUUCUAUUUGCACUUUCAGAGGCUCAUUGAGACUCUUGUUGAUUCACUUGAAAAUAUGUAUACUGCUUAUUCCUUCUUGUGAAGCUUGGAGUAAACACGGGACCAUUCUAUGUAGAUUUGGUUAAUGCUACUGCUACGGUUUAUGUUGUGUGUGCACAAACGUGGGUUUCACAAACGUUUGUGAACACACUACACAAACAGAAUCAGGGGAAUCAAAUUUGACUAGAGCUUGCUGAAGGCUUUGUGAAAAGGGUGGCUAUCUUAGAACGAAUAUGAAUUAAUGACAAUAAUAAUGUGAUGCAUCUGAUGGAACAGAGAAGAAAUAAAAGCAAUGUUUUUUAGAAGUCUAUAGAAAUCGUUUAAUAAUAAUGCACUUUCCCUGAGAUUCUACAUGAGAUUCUUGCAUAAGAAUUGAAGAAUCAGCAUUCAUGU